CAAAACAUUAAAAACAGACACUUUAAAAACAGUGAACCAGUCCACCGAAAACUUCUCAAGUAAAAACAUGGACUGUAUCGACGACUACACUCAUAAAAGUUUGAACGUCAUGUAUUUUUCCAAGUGCAUUCCCACAAAAGAAAUUCAAGAUACCAUUAAGCCGAGUAACGUGUUUUGUGAUUGCCCGGGAAUUUGCAAUAAGGAAUCAAACUGCUCUUGUAUGAGACACAGUGGCACGGCUUACCAGUUCGGCGACAUUAACGAUUCAGAAACUUAUGUGUUGUCUUAUAAAAACAAAAAUCGACCUACUUAUGAGUGCAACGAUCAGUGCCAAUGCAAAAACAGUUUUUGUGGUAACAAAUUGGUGCAGUGCGGGCCUAGGAAAGGAUUGAAGGUAAGAGUGUGUGAUGAUGAGAGAAAAGGAGAAGGAAUAUUCACAGAAAGACUGAUAAACAGUGGAAAUUUUGUUUGUGAAUAUGUGGGAGAAAUUAUUUCGGAAAAAGAAGCUUCUACACGCUUUAAAAUAAAUGCCAAACAUAAAAGAAUGAACUAUAUAUUUUGUAUUGAUGAAUAUUUUGGUGAAAAUAAUAUAAAAACUUUUAUAGACCCUACAGUGUAUGGUAAUAUUGGCAGAUAUAUAAAUCACAGUUGUGAUCCAAACUGUAUAAUGGUUAUAAGUAGGAUUCAGGAUAAUAUACCAGUUUUAGCUCUGUUUGCUAGCAAAGACAUUGAAAUUGGCCAGGAAAUUUGUUAUGAUUAUGGAAUAGCUGAUAGAAGCGAAGUUUUGAAGGAUGAUGAUGUGGACAGGACCAAAUGUUUAUGUAGAAGCUCCAAUUGUAGAGGAUUUUUACCAUGUGAUACUAGGAUUAUAUAGAAAUUGUAUUUUUCUUGUAGAUUUUUCAAUAGAUAGCUAGUUGAAAAUAUGCCUCAUGAUUGAAAUUACAUAACAUCACAGAACCAAGACAAAUUAUGCCUGUUUAAUAUAAUACAUUUCAAGAAUAGCAGCCCACAAACUACUGCAGAUGGUCAUAAAUGAUUUAUUCGGGAAUAUGAAAAAGCAACAGUUUAUGGAAAACAGUUUGAGGAAGUCUAGUUUAGAAUAGUACAAUUAAAAUUUGUUUUAGUAACUUACCUAGGUAUUUCCUUUGUAAAAAUGAUAAUAAAU